AGGGGGCCGAGUUCCGGGCGCCAGGCAGCUUCCGACGAGAGCCGAGCGUGGCAGCUGGAAGCCGGGGAGGCAAAGCCGAGAUGUUCCGGAUCGAGGGCCUUGCGCCGAAGCUGGACCCCGAGGAGAUGAAACGGAAGAUGCGCGAGGAUGUGAUCUCGUCCAUACGGAACUUCCUCAUCUACGUGGCCCUGCUGCGAGUCACACCUUUUAUCCUAAAGAAAUUGGACAGCAUAUGAAGAUGGGCAUCACAUGUGAAUGCAUGAUAUGAGGAACCCAGUUACAAUUUCUACUCCUAUCUGCAAAAGAAUAGGCCCAGAAAGAUGUAAGAGACUCUUUGAUUGAAUGGACAUAAACAUUCUACUUGUUAAGAACAAGUUUGGCUCCGGUAACUGACCUUCAUAGCUAAAAUUUAAAACUACUUGGGAAGUAAAGACAUCUUGGGUGAUAAUACACCCAUAUGCCUGUGAUGUUCAGCCUCUGUGAAUGUUGAUAUAAUUGUAAGUAAUGUCAAACUCCAUUUUCUAGCAAGUGUUAAUUAUAAGGGAAUUACAUCUACACUAGCACUGUCUUGUUAGUCAUUUCUGUACCUUUUUACUUCUGUCUGGAGAAUAUAUGUUGGAGAGUUCCUUAUGAUUAGUUGUGUUUCACAGAAGCCAGCACACAGCCACACAGGGAAGCACAGGACAUCAGCCUAUAUUUUUAAUUAAAGUAGCAACUAAGAAAAAAAUUGUGAUUUUAUUUCUCUUAACCUACUUUUUGCUGCAGACCUCUUUAAUGUUGUAAUUAUUACAAACUACAUUAAAUUGAGUUCCUCUUGUUUUGGAC